AUGGUGCAAGAAAUCAAAAUGAAUUCCGCUUUCAAAUUUGUCACAUCUACUCCGCGUAUCACAUCGAUCUUGGGCAUUUUAAUUCCUAUAGCUUGGGUUGCUGUGUCUGUUCUCCCUUUCGUCUUUGCCUUCAGUCGUCAACCUGGCCUGGGAAGAAAUAUAUAUUACCUCCUCCUGACUGGCUGCCUUACCCUUGGAUUUAUCACGUCAAGUCGUCUGCCUGCCGGUAUCGAUUGGCUUUGGGCCUUUUUAUGCGUCAUCGGAAUUAUCCACCAAAGUGCCGGCCUUCUGCUCGAACCAUGGGUCGUACCAGUUGCAAACCAGUCAGUAAAUCAUGACAUUCUUUACCUCGGUUUGAAAUUAUGGGGGAAUCCACGAAGACUAAGGGUCUGCCAACUUGGUCAAAAAAACUCGGUGUCAUGGCAAAAACGACUCACUUUUGUGUUCCAAAAAGUUGGCCUUGUUUUAUUACUUGGAAUCCUGUAUCUCAUGGGCGAGGCGGUGGUUGCUCUGGUUCUCUAUCCGUUGCCCAUGAAAUGGAGAGUAUCCUUUCGAUACUAUUUUGGCUUUAAACCAGAUCAUCCAGUUCUAGUCCGGGCAGUUUUUUGCGUGCAUUGGGCAUGGGAGUCUUUCGUUUUUCUUACCAUAGGUCAUGCCAUACUUGCCAUACUGUUUGUGGGAGUCUUAGGGGUGGAUAUACCAAGCGAAUGGCCAUGGCUCUGGGGCAGUCCAGGUGAGGUGUACAACCUGCAGAGAUUCUGGGGUAUUUUCUGGCAUAAAAUUGGAUCAGUUUCUCAGUUGGAGUGGGGGCGGUAUUUGUCGCGGCGUGUACUGGAACUCAAGCCUGGUUCUCCUAGAGAAAAAGUCUUCCUUGCCUUUUUUAUCUUCAUGGCCUCUGCUAUCAUUCAUGCCUUGGUAUCCUGGAGCGUGAAAGAUAAAUCAGAAUCUGUGGCGAGGAUAUACAACUUUUCGCUAUUUUUAAUAUUCAACUUCUUGGGAACCCUUGGAGAAUAUGGUCUUAAACAGCUUUUAAGACACCACUGUCCGCAAUUUAGAGGCAGGUUUGAGCCUGGGAUUCAGCUAUGGCGCAGGUUAUUUGGCUUUCUUUGGGUAUUUCUGUUCUUUUUCUGUACUCUGCCACCGUGGGAAUACCCAUACUUUCCCGGGUAUGCCAAUCAGGUGAAGGUAAAUUUCAACGUUAUCAGAGAUAUGUAA